UACAUACAUCAUGUAUGCCCAGUCAGCCAGUCAACUAUGUCACCAUAUAUUGGUUUUCACGUUCGUCAUUGCUGCAAUUUCAUGCACCAUUACUAAAGCACAAACUGUUUCAGGACGCUAUCUUACGGAUACUACACCUAUCAACCUUACAUCACCAAAUUAUCCGAAUCAAUAUCCGAACAACUUGAACUUUGCAUAUCACAUAACUGUGCCGGACGGAUGUCGGAUAUUGGCCAAAUUCCAUUUUCUAAGCCUUGAAAGCAACAGCGAUUUCCUGUCAUUUGGAGAUGGUAUUGGGAGAGAACUUAUCCGACUAACCGGGAGGUAUUCGCCCCCGACUAUUCUUUCUCCGGCUAACGUAAUGUGGAUGAAUUUCACAAGUGACGCCAGUAGUUCGGAUACCGGUUUCCAGUUUGAAGUUUCUCUUUAUAAUAAAUCAGGUGUUCGUUUAGUAGAUGGUACAACUGCCUUUAACGGUCGCGUUGAGGUAUACACGGAUUCCUACGGGUGGGGCACUGUAUCUAGCUUGAGAUGGAACCUAAAAGAUGCUUCCACAGUCUGUAAAGAGCUUGGUCUUCCUGGGGCUAUAAGCGAGGUCAUCAAUGCUUACUAUGGACCUGGAACAGGGGUAGUUGUCAUGACUAAUGUCGACUGCAGUAAUGAUAUCUUCCGACUUCAGGAUUGUAAUUUUCAAAGUCCCUGUUCUGCUUGCCCACACUCCCAAGAUGCUGGGGUAAAUUGCCACCGGCCAAACUACUUAGGGUGCUACAACUUACCAAAUCUCCAAUCCGGUUCGAGUACUGCCAAAAGUGUCGAUGCCUGUGUAUCUAAAUGCGACCAGGCCAAUAUGAGGUAUGCUGCCAUCAACGGCGACAAAUGUUUCUGCCGCUCGGAUCUUUCCCUUCCGGAAUCACCCGAAGAAAAUUCGAUGUGCGAUCGUCAAUGCUCGGAAAACCAAAACCAGGCCUGUGGUAGUUCACAUGGAUCUUCAAUAUUUACAGUAUACGAUACCGAAUUUGCCAAAUGCAAAGAUCCGGGUAUCCCAGAAAACAGCACAAGAACAGGAAACAGUUUUCAGUUCGGGUCAAAGUUGAAAUACAACUGUUCUGAAGGCUUUGAUCUGAUUGGAUCAUGGGAGAUCACGUGUGUUGAAGGGUUGAGUUUACAAGACCCUGUGUGGGAUCAUGACGUACCAGAAUGUAUAGCCCGCAUCGAAAACACCACUCAACCAACGAAUACCACAGCAUUGCCACAAGAGGAAUUAUCCAAUAACGACCUUCUCAACAUUCUGACAAUCGUCCUCGUGGUCGUCUUCUCGUUCAUCUUCCUCGUCAUCCUCCUAUGCUGCAUCUGUCGAUGUCGGAAGAAAGGAAGGUGUAAAAGGAAACCAAAGAAGAUGGAGAUGUGGUAUUAAACACUAAACAUCGCAGUAUAAACAAAAUUAAACAACCUUGUAUAAACUUGAUUUUCUAUAUGAACCUAUCAUCGGCUGUUCUAAAUUGAGUAACCUUUGACAAAUUUCAUCAUUAAAUUCGAUUGUAAAAAAUUAGAAUUCAACACUGUUGUUCAAAUUUCAUAAAGAUUCGCUUAAAAUUCAAACACCUGAUCGGUUCAUGCAGCAACCCGUGUUGUAUAAUAACUUUUUAUUGUGUACACACGACCCUCGCUUGCCAUGUAUUUUGUCCCAAGAUUUUCACGAAUCAUUGAUUUGGCGGGAAAUGAAUCUUUUUCACGUCAUUACUACACGCUGUUUUUUUUUAAUCUGUGUAUUUAUAUGUAUAUGAUUGUUACUACUUCAUGGACGGGGAUAAUGCUUUUAUUUGCUGGAUCAGUAUGUUAAGCUUGGAGGGCGACAGUAUGGAUUUUAAAUCUUUCUUUACAUCUAAGACUUAGACUUUUGCAUGCAAUGUAAAACUGAUAGGGGUUUGUGUCAGAAGGAAAUUGGAUAUGAAGAGAUAUUUCACUUAUUCAAAUAAUCAAUUUUAUAACAUUGUGAAAGCAAAAUAAACAAGUGUAUGAAUAGAAUAAAAUAAUGGAUGAAGAAAUAA